AUGUUCACCACUAGAGUCUUGCGACAGGCUGCUCAGCACGCUGAGCGAACACCCUCCAUCAAGUUCAUCGGAAAGAGAACGAUCCCUGCAUCCAUCGACCACGCCCCACAACCGCACCCGGAGUCGCCCACGCAUUCGCUCCCAGCUUCAUUCACCCAGCCGUCGCACUCCACAUUCAGCUCGUACCGCGACCACGCCCAGCAGUUUGGGCCUCUCCGCAAGACGAUCAAGUCCAGCGAGGUGGGAAUUGGCGGUCUCGCCGGGUCUGACCUCGGCCCCGUCUCCCCGCCCAAGGGCGUCUUCUUUGACCGGAAUGAACUCCCCUCUCGGUUCCACCGAACGCCCAUUAGUCUCGCCGAGAUAGAGGCGGUUGAGACGGGCGGCGCCGCGGCCUUUGCCUGA